CAUUCGGUCGGUUCGCACGUGGUUCUCGGCGUCACAUCGUACUAGAGUGGUGAGUUGUGAGCGGGACUUCAGUGGGACUACCUAGUAGUGGAUGGAUCUUACCCUAGAGGGCUAGAGUGAGCGUUUUCGGCACGUUUCUGUACCGGAACUGCAAGCCAAUAACAAAUGGGAAGCGGAUCCUCGUUUGAGCACUGAUUGUGUGUACCAGUUGCAGUAGUCGACAGCUUCGAAGCCGGUGUCGCGGAUUUGCAUUACAUAAGGAAUAAUAGUGUAGGAUGGCACUUGCACAAAUAGAUUCGGAAGCUGUGCGCGUUUGUGUGUUUCCCCGGCUGAUGGUGGAUUGGGGAUAGGAUAGAGUGCUGCUGGUACUUGCAGUGUAGUCGCAGGAUGUAGCUACAGUGUUCAAGUGUGAUGAUUGGUGUUUUUCUUAGUGGGGAAGAAUUUGAAGUUGCGUGCAAACAGGAAAUUUAAUCCGUACGCAGUGGAAGUGAAAUGACGGCGCGUGAAAUAAAGUACGGUACGUGUUGUGCAAACAUUCGGGAGUGAAUAUCUAUGCUGUGGUAGAGCAUCAGGCAGAUGAUUGUAGAAACACGGGAAUACUGAAAAACGCGAAAAAGUAAAUUGUUCAGUGGCGUUAGAAAAAAAGUUAGAUACAGUAGCGUGCUAUGGUUGAAAAAUUGAAACUAGUGAACAAGUUUUUAGUUCCAACAAAUUGUUAACGAAACUAAAUUUAGCAGAUAUUAGUGGUUCCGCCGGAAUAAACGAUUUGGGAACUUCGGUUGGCCUGCGGAAACAUUUUCCAGUCUCAUGCUUUGUUCAAUUUGAAUUGGAGGCACGCUGGGAUUUAUAGGUUAUCACUUAAAAUGACCACCAACACCGCAGUACAGAACGACACGUGCAAGCAACCAAUCGGCGCUGGGCUGCUGCCCUAAGUAUGGACGGCGACCAGUUGUGGGCUGGCGACUGGUGCUCGGGGCAUUACUGGCCAACGCUUCGCUAUCUGGUUUCCUGCGCGAACUAUAACAAUAGCUGGACAUCAUACUGGGGACCGGAUAUUAUAUGUGAUUACAGCACCUUUUCCGGAUCCGUGCCAGGUGCGAUUUUACAGCGGGGGUCAUCGAUAACUACUUCGGUUCCAUCAGUCGCACGUGUCCCGCUGAAAGGUGGUAGUGCCAGUGGGGGUGGAGGUGGAGCUGGUGGUGGUGGUACGGUUAGUGGCGAUGGCGGUAGUUCAGUGUUCAAAUCAGCUGCAUCGAUGGACGGCAAUUCUGCGCUCGGGAGCGCGAUGCAGUGUUACCAAAACUUGAAGUGCAUAUUGAAAUCAGUUACCCCCAGCAGCGAUGACACGCAAAACGAUCCAGCAGCAUCAAGCAUACCAUGGACCGACGCUUUGUACGAGUGCAGUCCGCUAAAGAUGCUGGACGGAGCAGAGAACCUGCUGAAAGACUGCAUUGCCAAUUAUAAUAGUACCGUAAUCGCCCGGAACAUUGCCAAACCAGUGUCGGAACUACUAAUCAAACUUCCUAAAUUGUCACUGGAGAUGAUGGCUAAUGGUACGGCCCAGCCCUGUGGUAUUCCUUUCAGCAAUAGCAGCUUCAGUGCCGGCACCGGUCCCAGCCGGAUUAGUUACUAUCGGCAUCAGUUAGUGUGUAACAAUAGUGCAGGGCAGUUCACUUUCUAUGAGAACGAUUCAUUCGAUCUGUUGAAUACCUCGAUAGUCAGCCCAACCAGUUCCCUAGAUCCGCUGCAGUGUUUGUUGACUAUCGAUUACGAUGACGUGAUAAAGCAAUUGGCAGGCAUGGUGUUGGCCGCUAAUGAAACGGCCAGUAGCAGCUCAACUAGUACAGAUUUGCUUUCACCACUGGGAGGCGAUGGAUCCGUGAUGCGAUACGAAUGGAGCUUCCUGUUUGUGGCUCUGCUCAUCUUCGCCGGUGGGCUGGGCAACAUUCUGGUCUGUCUGGCCGUCGCUCUGGACCGCAAGCUGCAGAAUGUCACCAAUUAUUUCCUGCUGUCACUUGCCAUCGCGGAUUUACUCGUCAGCCUGUUCGUUAUGCCGCUCGGGGCGAUUCCUGGCUUUCUGGGGUACUGGCCGUUCGGCGUGACGUGGUGUAACAUUUACGUGACCUGCGAUGUGCUGGCUUGUUCGGCAAGUAUCCUGCACAUGUGCUUCAUCAGUCUUGGCCGCUAUCUGGGCAUCCGGAAUCCACUCGGGAGCCGGCAUCAUUCGACAAAGCGGCUGACGGGGAUCAAAAUAGCGCUCGUAUGGCUGCUAGCGAUGCUGGUCUCCAGUUCGAUUACCGUUUUAGGUAUCAUAAACGAUAACAACAUCAUGCCCGGUCCGCGGGAGUGUGUCAUCAACAAUCGAGCUUUCUUUGUGUUCGGCUCCUUAGUCGCAUUCUACAUCCCUAUGGUGAUGAUGGUAAUAACGUAUGCGCUUACUGUGCAGCUACUGCGAAAAAAGGCCAGAUUUCUUGUGCAGCAUCCGGAGGGGGAGGUUUUCCGACGUCUGGGCGGUCGUAUGGCAGCAGUGAAGCACUCAUCUUCCGGGGGAGGAGCUGGUUUCUCUUCCCAAGCCGACACUUCCUGCACGAUUUUAUCCAAAGACUCACUGGAGCUGCAAAGGAAUAGCAUCAACAAUAACUGUAAACAGCUGUCCCCCACCGGGACAGCCCCCUGGCGGUUACAUGGAUCCAAUCUGGACAGCAGGAUUGGCAUCAUCUCUGGAGCACACCCGGUAACCGGGUACAGCAACGGUGGUACCGGUCCUUCCACUCCAAUCGCCGGCACCGGGGCACGAGCGGUCCAGAAGCGGGGCCAACAGCAGCUGCAUCAGUACCAUCCGCAGCAGCACCACCAUCACCACAACCGCCGCCAUCACCAUCGCCAUUCGCCGAAGCUGGGCGGUACAUGCGAUCAGAGCACCCAAACACCCGACAGCAUCGAGCGCGAAACGAGACGGCAGAAAUUUUGCUCCUUCCGACUAAACCUGAACAGCGUGCCGACACCGAGCAUAAAUUUCAACCUGAAUUUCCUGGCCAGUAAAAAACGUAACAACCUUUCGGCGAACGCGGUGGCAACGGAGCAAAAAGCUACAAAGGUACUCGGACUUGUAUUUUUCACCUUUGUGUUCUGCUGGGCACCGUUCUUCAUCCUGAAUAUCAUCUUUGCGGCAUGUCCCGAGCUAAAAGUUCCCGAGCGAAUAGUCAACAUCUGCCUGUGGCUGGGCUACGUAUCAUCAACACUCAAUCCGAUCAUCUACACAAUAUUCAACAAAACUUUUCGGGCCGCCUUUAUUCGACUGUUGCGGUGUCGAUGCGAGAAAUCUGGUCGCCCCUCGAGGUAUCGAUCCGUGACCGACAGUCGGGGAACCAUCAGUCUUUGUACCCCGACAGCACUUCCGUUGGCCGUUUCCAUGCAGGGGGCACCCCUCUUGACACCUAGCAGUACCCAAGUGACGCCUCUUAGUGAUUUUCGUGGAAGCUACGAGAUCACCGAUGACGAUUGUUAGAUCUCUCUGUUGUACCUGUCGUUUUCGUUUUAAUUGAGAAAAAUAACGUUAGUGUAUAUUGGGACACUCCUACAAAUUAUCUUCCUAGAAUAAAAAUGAAAAUACAUCGACUUCUUGGAGGGUCGAAAGCAGGUUGACUUAAGAAGCAACACAGGUUUAAGUAACAUACGUUAGCUAUCAGUAGGGUAUAAGUAAACGGAAAUCGUGCGCACACAUACCCACAUAAAACCCAUUCACUAGUCAGAUGUUUGGAAUUUUGAAACUGAAGCAAUGUAAACCCAAAGUAUUACAAUUUAUUACCGAGCAGAGAACAGACCCUAGCAGUUAGGUCCUAUGUCGAUGUUAAGACGGAAUGAUGUUCAAAUAAAGAUAAUGCUGUUUAA